AUGAAUGACGCCUUUUCUAGUUGGCGAUCGUGUAUGGAAAUCCAAUUGGAUAUGAUGAGGCAUGAGCCAUUGAAGAACAGCGAUCCAAGCAUAGUUGUUACCUUAGGUGUCGGCACUGAUAUAAGCGCUGAACAACAAUUACAACGUAUGCUACCAAAGGGGUCAGAGUUCUUCGGAGCAGAUCCAGUGGCAGCGACAAAUGCCGACAUUUUUAGCGAAAUCGGGUUAUUUUUCCCAGUAGCUGUCAAUCAUCGCUCUGGUCUCUCAUUUUCCAACAUUCGACUACACAAUGGAACCUACAAGAAAACAAUACUGGAGCAUGUCCAUUUCUUAACGUUCCUUACGAAAAUGGUGAAUCGUUCACGGAUCGACUUUCUAUUCAUGGACGUUGAGAAUCCUGAGUAUCACCUGAUUCCAAUGAUAGCCAUUGACAAUAUAUUUUCUGAACACAACAUUGUUAUCUGCCAAAUAAAUGUAGAG